GAGGCUGAGACGCUCGCAUUCCCCUGCAGUUCACUACUGGAGCCUGAUCUGUGGUGAUGGAUUGUUCAGAGGAGGUUCAGUCUGUGUGCGAGGAGCCCUGCGCUCAGCUGGAGCUGAAGAAGGGGAUGUCGAUUUUCAUUGAUAUUUUACGGCGAGCUGAUAAAAACGACGAUGGGAAGCUUUCCUUUGACGAAUUCAAGUCCUACUUCUCUGAUGGAGUCCUGACAGCUGACGAACUGAAGGAGCUCUUCCACACGAUCGAUACCCAUAACACAGACAAUGUGGACACUGAUGAACUCUGUGAGUAUUUCUCCCAGCACCUCGGUGAAUAUGAGAACGUCCUCGGCGCCUUAGAAGACCUGAAUAAAUCCAUACUGAAGGCCAUGGACAAAACCAAGAAGCUGUGGAAGCCGGAGUAUCAGGAGUCCACCCACCUCGAGCAGUUUGUGACCCGCUUCCUGCUGAAGGAGACGACCAAUCAGCUUCAUUCGCUCCAAAGCUCGCUCGAGUGCGCUAUGGAAACCACCGCUGAGCAGACUCGACGGGAGAAACAAGGUCCGCUGAAGCCAGAGGUGUUGUCCAUCCAGUGGUCGGGUCGUCGCUCCAACCGGAGGCUCCAGAGGAACAGCAGCCUGUCGCCCAACAACCCGCUUCUUAGUCUCGUCAACUCAGGCGUUUAUGAUGAAGACAGCCAGUGGACGUUCCAGGUCAACAGACUGCAGAAGCUGAUCGACCGCCUGGAACAAAAGGAGAUUCGUCUGGAGCCUGCUGAGGAGGAGGUCCUGGAGAGCAAAUCGCACAUCCUGAUAGUCCAGAGGCAGCUCUCCGUGCUGGAGGAGGAGCUGGAGGAGUUUCGUCAGGCUCUCAGACAGUACAUGGAGUGUGCCUGUGCCCAGACUGGAUGUCUACACAUCGCAGUUCAGCGGCUGGCAAAUGAAUCACGCUUCAUUCUCUACGAAUUCUGGGAGCACAACAACGUGUGGAAGAACCACCUGCAGACCAACUACAGUAAAACCUUUCAGAGGGGGAACGUGGACUUUCUGGAAACUCCUGAGAACCUAACCACCAUGCUGGUUCCUGCGUCGUGGUGGGUCCUCAACAACAACUGAAAUCAGACAUCACCCCUCACUGAUCGUCACUGAUGAGUGCAGAGAGCAAACAGUCACCUGUCAACACGUCAGGAAGUCCACAGUGGCACACACACACACACACACGCUAAUUCAACACAACUCGUGCAGUCAUGGUGAUUAGAAUAGAUUUUAUGACCUCCAUGUUUCGUCAUAGUUAGGUGGUAGGGGGGAUAGCCCACGUCUGUGUGUUUGUUUACACUCCUGCACGACGCUCUGACAUGCGAAAAGCAAUGACCUGAUCUGACAUCAUCACUGUGUUUGACGGGACAUCAUCUGCAGCCCGAAGUCGAUCAUGAGUGUGUGUGUGUGUGUGUGUGUGUGUGUGUGUGUGUGUGUGUGUGUGUGUGUGUGUGUGUGUGUGUGUGUGUGUGUGUGUGUGUGUGUGUGUGUGUGUCAUAGAUGACCUUUUGGGGACAAACUUCAGACUAAAGACCAGUUAAUUGGGGACGGCUUGAAAAGGUUGAUUUCUGUGUAAGGGCAAGUCUCCAGGAAAUGAAUGCAGGUCUGUGUGAUGUUCCCAAAAGUGACCUGUGAUGACAUGUGUGUGUGUGUGUGUGUGUGUGUGUGUGUGUGUGUGUGUGUGUCUCCCAUAAUGUAUUUUAAGGUUAAUGUGUAGAUAAUUAGUAGUUAAGGAUUCAGUUAAGAGUGUAAAGUCUCCAGGAAAUGAAUGUAAGUCAAAGUAAUAUCCUCUAAAGUCAUGGAGACGUGUGUGUGUGUGUGUGUGUGUGUGAGAGAGAGAGAGAGAUAGAGAGAGAUGAGAUAUAAUUGUUUCAGUUGUAGCAGCUCAUUAAACCAAUAUUCUGUGUUUAAUGUGUCAAAUUGAGAUUUUAAAAAAUCUGUUGGUCAUAAAUAAAGACGAUAUAUUGUUGUGUA